UUUUCAGGAAUUAAACGAGGCUACAAGAAGGCGUCGUAUUGGUUGUCAUCAUAUGUACCGCUAACACCAUCUAUGGCCGUUUUCUAAAUUUAAUUCUACAUAGGAAGUAGUGGGGUGUGGAGUUAACAAAUAUUAGUGGUGGGGGUGAUGUGCUGAACACACGUAAAGGUCACCUUCAGUUUUAGUCGGACUCGACACGAAAGUGGUGUCUGACGUUAAGUUUGAUUACCACGGAAUCUUUAAGUACAGGCAACUUAAAUAUUAGAAGAUAAUUAUUUCCCUUCCAAUUGUCAUUACAAUUGGUUACAUAUACGUAUUAGAAAUACGAGUGCCCUGCAUCAAAAAUGGCAGAAGAUUUAGCAGCACAAAGGUUUAUAAAACCUGGUAGUCAUAAAGGUAAAGGUCUAGCAGUCUUUACCAGUGGAGGUGAUUCUCAAGGAAUGAAUGCAGCAGUUCGAGCAGUUGUUAGAAUGGGUAUUUAUCUAGGGUGUAAAGUCUUUUUCAUUAAAGAAGGUUAUCAGGGUAUGGUAGAUGGUGGAAAUAAUAUUGUGGAAGCUAAUUGGUCAUCCGUUUCCUGUAUCAUUCAUAGAGGUGGCACAGUAAUAGGAUCUGCUCGAUGCAAAGACUUCAGGGAACGUGCUGGUCGUAGGAGAGCUGCAAAAAAUUUAGUAACUCGUGGAAUUACCAAUUUAGUAGUAAUAGGUGGUGAUGGCUCACUUACUGGUGCAAAUCUGUUUAAAGAAGAAUGGCCAGACCUAUUAAAAGAAUUAGCUGAAGCAGGAGAAAUUACUUCAGAACAAGCAGAUAAGUACCAACAUUUACAUAUCUCUGGUAUGGUAGGUUCCAUUGAUAACGAUUUUUGUGGAACCGACAUGACUAUUGGUACGGAUUCUGCGUUACAUCGUAUUAUCGAAAGUAUCGAUGCCAUUGUUAGUACUGCAUAUUCUCAUCAAAGGACAUUUAUAAUGGAAGUGAUGGGUCGACAUUGCGGGUAUUUGGCAAUUGUGGGUGCUUUAUCUGCAGAGGCAGAUUAUGUUUUCUGUCCGGAGUCACCACCUCCUGCUGACUGGCCUGAUAAAUUAUGUAAAAAAUUGGAGCAGGAAAGACUCACUGGACAACGACUUAAUAUUAUUAUUGUAGCGGAAGGUGCGGUAGAUAGAAAUGGCGAACCGAUUACUGCAGAAAAGGUUCGUCAAGUUGUUGUAGAAAAGUUGCAGCAAGACACAAGGAUUACCGUCCUUGGUCAUGUUCAAAGAGGCGGUAAUCCAUCAGCUUUUGAUAGAGUUCUGGGAUGUCGAAUGGGAGCAGAAGCAGUAAUGGCAUUAAUGGAAGCAACACCAGACACUGAAGCAUGUGUUGUUUCACUGGAUGGCAAUCAAGCUGUUAGAUUACCUCUUAUGGAAUGUGUUCGUCGUACUAAAGCUGUAGCACAAGCUAUGGCAGAUAAAAAUUGGGAUCUUGCUGUUCAACUUCGUGGAAAGGGAUUUGCUCGUAAUUUAGAAACAUAUAAGAUGCUUACCCGUCUAAAGGCACCUGUAGAUUACGAUCCUAGUAAGGAAAUUAAAGGCCGCACAUUAACAAAGGAUCACUAUACGUUGGGCGUAAUGCAUAUUGGCUCACCGUCUUGCGGUAUGAAUGCUGCGGUGCGAUCUUUCGUUAGAAACUGUAUUUAUCGAGGUGACAAGGUUUAUGGUAUUUGUGAUGGAAUACUUGGCCUGAUGGCUGGAAAAUUUAAAUUAAUGGAUUGGCCUUCUGUCACUGGCUGGGUAGCACAAGGUGGUGCUUAUUUAGGAACUAAACGUACACCGCCGAAGGAAGAUCAAUUACCGCAAAUUGCUCAAAAACUCAAAGAAUAUGGAAUUCAAGCUUUGCUUAUUAUAGGAGGAUUCGAGGGUUAUCAAACAGGACUUACCUUCUUUAAAGCUAGGGACAAAUUUGAAGAAUUUCGAAUUCCUAUUGCUAUGAUUCCGGCAACUAUUAGCAAUAAUGUUCCAGGAACCGAGUUUUCGUUAGGUUGUGAUACUGCUUUAAAUGAAAUUACAGAGAUCUGUGAUCGAAUCCGUCAAUCGGCACAGGGUACAAAGCGUCGAGUAUUUAUUAUUGAAACUAUGGGUGGAUAUUGUGGUUAUUUAGCUACUGUAGCUGGGUUAGCUGGAGGAGCUGAUGCAGCGUACAUUUUCGAAGAAAAGUUUAAUAUUAAAGAUUUAAAUCAAGAUGUCAUUGCAAUGGCUGCGAAAAUGUCUGAAGGUGUACAGAGAGGGCUUAUUUUAAGAAAUGAAAGUGCUAAUUUGAAUUACAGUACAGAUUUUAUGCAGAGACUCUUUAGUGAAGAAGGAAAGGGUCUGUUCAGCUGUAGAAUGAAUAUUAUUGGUCACAUGCAGCAAGGUGGUUCACCGACUCCAUUCGAUCGAAAUUUGGGUACAAAAAUGGGUUCUAAAGCAGUUGAAUGGUUUACCGAACAACUAAAAAAAUAUUCUAAUGCAGACAGUAAAAUAACAACGAUGGAUGCUGAUAGUGCAGUUAUGAUUGGUAUUGUGCGAAGACAGUAUAGAUUUACACCCUUUACAGAACUCCUCGAAGUGACGGAUUUUGAGCAUCGCAUUCCAACAUAUCAAUGGUGGAUGAAAUUGCGACCAUUACUAAAAGUUUUAGCAAAACAUGAAUCCACAUAUGAAGAGGAAGGACUUUAUAUCACCGUAGAAGAAAUGGAUCUUGAUAAUGAUUCUCUUGUAUAAAUUACAUGUAUAUAUGGUGAAAGGUAAUGUUCCAUAAAUAUGCACUGUUAAUUGUAGAUUUUCUUGAACAGUAUUGUAUGGCAUUAUGAUAAUUAUGGUCCGUUGUUAUAUGAGAAAAAAAUAUCAAACUUUAGAUACACAAUCGUAAAAUUCAAUGUUCUGCGAGAUUUAACAUAGGUCAACUAUGUUGGCGAUUGGCAAAACGUCGCAAUAUAUACAUAUGAACAUCUAUUGUUUAUACAUUCAGUUACCCAAUAACAAAAUACGUGUUAAUAACUUAAUCUCCUAAAUAUGAACUGUUUUAAUAAAUAGGAAAUUAAUGCACAUUAUUGCCACAAUCAAGAAUACAGAUUAAUAUUUUGUUUAAAAAAUACUAAAUUUAUAUAUUUUAAUUGCGACUUAAAGUUAAGUAAGAAGUAGGUACAAAGAUAGUACCUGAAACGUGAAGGUAAGUUAUAUGUUAGUAAUAUAAGAAAAUGAAACAGGUACUAAGACACCUAAAUAGCAUUUUCAUUGAUAAGAACUAAAGAUUAUAUUCAUAUAUUGAAUGGUAUUAAAUGUUUGUUGUCAUUACCAAUGGCACGCACACAUACACACUAUACACAGAAAAUAGAACAAAUGAAAAUAUAAAUAUUAACGUAAUGUACAACGUUUAAAUGUUAUAAUAUAAUUAAGCAGCAUUCAAGAUAACAUAAUUAUAUACAACUAUGAUGAUAAAAAUGAAUGCAAUUAAUGACGUUAAUCUCUCUAUACGACAUUCGAGCGCAAUAGCUUCCAGUCUUAGAUUUUACGAACAUUUUUAACACAUUUCACUAAGAAUCGAAUUACAGCUUUCAUGGCUACUUUACGAGUUCGCGAGUAAAUCUACUAGGCUAUAUUUGUGGUCUACUAAGAUAUAAAAUUAAACAUAAUAUGGCAUCUUUCUUUAAUGGAAACUUAUCAUUUGAUUUAGCUUUACCUAUAGCUAUGAAAAGCUAUUCGAAGAAUAUACUUGUCUACCUCAAAACAUAGUUUGCAACGAUGAGCGAUACUUAGGGCAAAUUAAAGAGUCUUAAGUCUUACUGGUUGCAUAUAAAGUUAAAAGGUUUUGCUAAGAUUUAAGGCUUGUGACCACAGGGAGUAUUUAGAUUUAAUUCGUGUUAUUAUUGUACUCGUGUAUUAUCAUAUAUCCAUCUCGACAAGUCGUACAAAUAUUAAACUCGAAAUUGUUUUUUUGAAUGUAGAAACAUAUUAUUUCUACAAAAGUCUACGAUCAAGUGAAUUGUUUUAAUGAAAUCGAUCAUACUUUAUAAAUUUAUUCAUCUUUAAAAAUUUGAUGAAUAUUCCUAAUAUGGGAUAACGUUAAUUAAAGGUUGGUGAUACAUCUAAAAGAUGUAUAAAAAACAUUUUCAAGAAACUGACUGACACGUCCAUUUAAUAUAAAAUACAAGUUGUGCGUCGAUCAACAAUGUUACAAUUUUAAAAGACCGUCACACCUCGAGUUAUCAUUUAGCUUUUUAAAUAUAAACAUGUUCGUAUAAGUCAACAAGAUACAAAAUAUUUAAUUGAUAUGAAGAACAGCUUCUCAUGACAUAGAACAUUACAUCUAAUGUACAAUAUAAUAUAUAUUUGUAAUUGAAUCCUAAACUAUAUUAUUACACUUACAUGUGUAUUUAAGGAAAGAAGAUUAUACGUUAAAAGAUUAUUUAAAAUUGUUGCUACAGAUGCAAAUAAUUUAGCAAAAUACUGAGACAAUAGAUGUUGACAAGCAUACAAGUACAACAAUAUUAUAGAUAAAUGAAACUUCUAUAAAGAUAAUUCUUAAAGAAAUUAUAAUAAUUCGAAAAUAUUCCCUUUGUAUUGCUUUCAAACAUUAUGUAUGAUUGUUAAAAAUAUAAAUUUAUUGUGGCCUAGUCAAUGAGAACAGAAUGUAAAUUGCACUUGAACGCGAACAUUUAUUAAAAUAAGGGCGGAUGAUAAAAAAUAUGAUUAAAGAAAAUUGUAAAAGAUUAAAAUAGGAAAGGUAAAGAAAAAUAAUAAUAAUAAAGCAGGUACGUAGGUCCGCCUUUCCGUAUAAAAAUGAGAUUAUUGCACACCACACCACACCACACACACACAUAUAUACACACAAAAUGUAUUUUGUACAACUUUACGUGUAAAUUCCGAAUUUUAUCAUAUCUCAUAUGAGUUUAUUUAAGCACAGCAGAGCAGACAAAUCAUGUGCUCCAUUGCUAAUCAUGUUAAUAACAUGUAAUGUACAAACACAUAAGCGUUGAUAUCAUACCAUUAAUGAUAAACUAAUAAUGUAAUAAAGAUAUAACUUUGGAAGAG